ACAAUCUGUGCGUGCGUCGCUUCGCGCUCCAUCGCUCACGUCCGCGAGUGUCAUAAAAGAAAAUAUUAAAAAACCAAACAUUUAUUGUGUGAAAUAGAUAAUAAUUGUUAACUAUAGUGGUUUUUGUUGAGUUAACCAUUGAAUGGAAUUACGCCUUCGCUUCGGAGACGCUGUUACUGUAAUAAAAAGAAAUCGCGUACCGUGCCCCAUGGAUCUAAGCUAAGCCUAACUAGUAUAAGCAAAAUGUCUCAUCACCUCGUCACAGUCUGCAUGUUCUGCCUGCUCUGCGCGGCGCACACAUGCGGGGCCCACGUCGAAACUAAAGACGUACACACAUACGAACCGAAUAUAGACUACAACAUACCCUUAGACUUGACAGAGAAACGAAAGCUAGACCACCUAGAGCGAUACAAUCAUAAGCUGCAGAAAAUAAGGCAACUACGCCCGAGAAGGCACCUCGACGAUGUCUCGGACACGUAUAUUGGGGAGAUUUUGAAAGAGUACGGGACAGGGGAGACGAUGAAUCUGACGGGAUUCAAUAAUAUGCUGAAUGUUCUGGAACUGUCUAAGUUGGUGCAGGGAAGGGUUGAGACGAAGGAGGGUCCAAAUCAACGUAAUUCGGUUUAUUGCUUAAACAGCUCCGAUCUCAUCACAGCCGUCAACAAGGGCCUAUAUACAGACGAUCACGACCAUAACGACCACCAACAUACAGACCCCACUCACGACCACGACGUGCUAAUAACAGAGGACACCCUCCGGGCCGUCUGUCCGGUCCUCCUCUACCAGAAACUCGGGAAACCGGACGAACAACGAGACUGCGUCAUACAUAAUAAAGUCACAAACACACAAACAAACCUGAGAAGUCUCGAAAGCGCAGUGACGAAGGCAGAGGAAAAAAUGGACACAGAUAAAAACAUGUUCGCCGUGUGGCUGUACUCCUUCCUAAGUAUAACAGCCAUCAGCGCAUGUGGUCUUUUAGGAGUAGCGGUGAUCCCUAUAAUGCAUAAAACAUACUACAACCAUCUCCUUCAGUUCCUAGUGGCGUUAGCCGUUGGAACUCUCUGCGGUGAUGCGCUGUUACAUCUAAUGCCCCAUGCGAUGAGUCCGCACGAGCACGAUCAUCACGAUACCUCAUUGGAGACUUCAAAAUCAUCACAUAACGACGGCAUGUGGAAAGGCCUCGCCGCCAUGUUGGGCGUCGUCUUCUUCUAUUUCACUGAGAAAGGGCUGACUGUUGUCGUCGAAUGGAGGAAAAGGCGUCAAAAGCUCGAGGAAGACAAACUUCCUUCAAGAGUCCGAGUUUUGAAAGACGAAACAGUCGGAGGCUGCUCGGGCGGCUCUAAAGCCCCAAUCACUAACUCCACUACAAAUUCAUUCAUGAAAAUCUUCAAGAAAGACGAAAAGAAUGACCCUACAACGAAAACUUGUAAGCACAAGUAUUCAGAAUACCCUUAUUGCUAUGACGAAAUCGACACAGAUACACAUGACGAUCACCAUUUGCGGGAUGGUCAGAUCCCGCCAAGCCCUAAUGCUAAGCAGAAUAACUCUGUGAGUGUGGUGUCUUCAAAUGCGUUAAAUGCUGAGGGAAAGGAGGAACCGACGGCGAAGGAUUGGCUGCUGAAGGCGGAACCAGCGUCGGUGGUGGAAAUGAACAAUAUUAAACAUAAGGAGGAUGGUGCUAAGGAUCUCAAGGAUGGCGACAGCUAUACUGUUAUAUUGAGGGAACAUUCCCGGGCCCACCACGGGCACUCCCACGCCCAUGGCCACGUGCACGCCCCUCCGUCCAGCAUGUCUUCAGUGGCCUGGAUGGUCAUCAUGGGGGACGGACUGCACAACUUCACCGACGGCAUGGCUAUAGGUGCUGCUUUCGCUUCUAACAUCGCUGGUGGCUUCUCUACGGCUAUUGCCGUCUUGUGCCACGAAUUACCGCACGAAUUAGGCGACUUCGCAGUGCUCCUAAAAGCGGGCAUGUCAGUAAAGCGAGCGGUGUGCUACAACGUGCUGUCCUCAGCAUUAUGCCUCGGCGGGAUGGUCUGCGGCGUGCUGGCCGGGCACGCGCCCAACGCGACACGCUGGCUGUUCGCCGCGGCGGCUGGCAUGUUCCUUUACAUAGCCCUUGUCGAUAUGAUGCCCGAGCUCAGCACAUCUCACAGCAAGGAGGGCACACUCUGCCAAUGCCUGCUCCAACUCAUGGGACUAGCUACUGGCAUUGGCAUAAUGCUCGUCAUCGCCCUAUACGAAGAAGACUUAAAGACGUUGUUCGGCUAAACAGUGCUCUAAGUGUUGGAAGUUCGGUCAUGUGAAUCCAGUGAACAGUUCUUAGUGACGUAGAUAUAAGGUUCGGUUUCAUAUGGUUUUUUCUGCUGUUUUUGGACAGUGACUUCAAACAUAUCCGUGGGUAAGCACUAGCAGCUAACUUAAUAUCCUAUAAGGAUAAUUAAAUUUCUAAAUCAGAACUCUAGAUGACAGUUCCAUAUACAUAUUUCUUUUCUGCUAAAUCUUGUUUUUAUAUUUCAGGACAGUAUAUUUGACCCAAUAUGUCAUAUUCAUCUGUCAUUUUAGUACAAAAGAAGCAUGACUAAGUACUCAUUUGAUUUUUUAGAUCUUUUAGUAUCUAGAUUUUAUAAUCUGUUUUUAUAAACAGGUUUUAGAUAUUAUUAUCUUGUCAACCUAGCAAUAAAUGGCAAUUGUCGCCUAACUUUGGUCGCAUUUUAAUAAAAACAGUUUCUAGUUAAUUUCGAUGGACUGACUUACAUAAGCCUGUUCCAAAAGGACUCCACAACCUUGUACGUAUUUCUAAAGGUGUUAUUAAAGUGCUACUAAUAUUAAGUAAAACUUUAUAAAAAAUAGACUUACGUAUUAUUUCAUCAUGUAUAACGACGCCUCGACUGCUCGGCCUGCAAUGUUACUUGCACAGCAUUGCUAGUUCAUGAUUGUAUACUCGUACUAACCUAGUGCAUUUUGUCUGUGACUUAAAUAAAAUAUCAAUACCAGUAACCUCUUUUAAAGAGAAUAUCUUAAUAUUCAUUGAUUCCCUUGUGUAAAUUCAUAAUAUUCAUAGAUUUAUGAAUCAAAUAAUGUUGUCAAUGCUAAAUGCAAAAAUCAUACCAAAAUUGCAAUACGAUUUAUGUAUCAGUUCGAUUUUUUUUGUAAAAAGAUGGUCUUUAAAGUCUUGAUCGUUGCAUUUAACAUAAUGUAAAAAAAAACAGUGACAAAGAAUCAUGUUAAAAAACCUUCAAAAAAUAGAUACACAAAAGUGACCAUAGGAAAAGUGUUCCUAAACUCUGGGUACUUAAUCUUUUCAAAUGAAAUGUAGUAUUAGCUUAAUUUAAUGUAUGUACAUGAAUGAUUUUCUAUUCUUAUCAAAUUAUGUACUUAAAACCCUCGCAAAUCUAAAACAGAAAAACUUAAGUUGUUAUGUACCUAUAUAAAUUAUGCUCAUACUACAUUUCUACAAAGAAAUUAUUCUAAUCAAUUAUGAGAUAAAAUUGUGAUUUACUUAGUUGUCUUAAUGAAAACAACGCUCAACUCGAAUACUUAAAAUUACAGUAUAAAAAUAAUAUUACUUCUGUAAUUUAUUUACAAGUAUAAUUCUUCUAUGGAGAAGAAUAUUGUCAUUAAAAUAUUCUUUUUUGUUCGAAUUAUUUGUGAAAUUAUUGUCAAUCUAGCUUACUAUAUCAUCGAAUGUGUUUAGUAUGAAACAUUGUACAUAAUUAAUCGUAAUACAUUGAAAGUGAAACUUUUAAUACUACUUAAUACAGACACAUAUCUGUGAAAUACGUUGAAACAUGGCGCCAUUUUUUAACCCUUUAACUGCUUCUGACUUGACAAUGUGCAAAACUGAUGAAAUACGGCACACGGAAAAAUAAAACGGGUUGCACUCCGGGAGUGCCGGCAGAAGUGAAAACUCAAUGACAUUGUAACAGUUUUUCGAUCAGGUCCAAAUCUUACGAAUUUUCAAUCUGUCGAAUCUGUCGGUCACGUGACCUAUCGCGAGUGUAACAUUGUGUCCCCAUCACAAAAAGUGCACAGCGCCGCUAAAGAAGUUUUCACUUCAAAAAUUAUACUAUUCUGGUGAUGGAAGAGGGUUUAAAUCAUUACAAUAAGUCUACGUGAGUAAUUUUAAAACUUACGUAGUACUUUAAAAGUUCAACGUAUUAAAUAGUGAUGUGUCAAUACGCUUCUUACAAAAGUAAAAUAGGUAGAUUUUUUAUCUCGAAUUUGUCUAUGUAAUAUUGAAUGAAGCUGAGGUUUGAUAGGACCAACCCGUAUUGACAGUGUCAUCAGUAUCGUAAUUUUAACAGAUAUGUUAGAUUUAGAUACAUACAUAUGUCAAAUUAUAUUUUUUUCUUUAACCUAUAGUUUCCAAAAGAGCUUACAGAGAUCACGGAGCUUUUAUGAAAAUAUUAUGCUUGUCUAGUUAUUUUAAGCCUUUGUUUCUAAAGCUAAGAAAAUGUUCCUAUGUCUUCUUAAAGUAACUGUCAAACAUAUUAAAAAGUAACAAUUUUCAACAUGUUUGCAUUUUCUGCUGGUUUUUGUUCGGCUUGUAUGUACGCAUAUUGUUGUCAUAUUAUUGUGACUUUCAUUCAAAGUUUGCAAGCAUCCAAAUGUGAUAGAGUUAGACCAAGAAAAGUUUGCAACGAUUUUGAUAAAAUACGCAGUGCAAGUGUUAUAUUAAACGUCAAACUCCUGCGAAAUUAUGACUUACGAAUAACACUUGCACUGCGUGUGCUAUCAAAAUCGUUGCAGACUUUUCUUGGUCUAACUCAGCGAUUUUUUAUACAUAUGGCGUUUGUCAUACGUUACCUCAAAAUAUGUUGGUUGCUUUUACUUUGAUGACUAUUAUGAUCAUAAUAUUAUGACGUCAUACGCAUAUACAUAUAUACUUGGUCAAGCAGAUCUUGUCAGUAGAAAAAGGCGGCAAAUUUGAAAAAAGUAGGCGCGAAGGGAUAUCGUCCCAUAGAAAAUUUGAAUUUUGCGCCUUUUUUUACUGACAAGAUUUGCUUGACCAGCUAUAUAUACGUCAUAAGCAUUAAGCGUCUUCCCUUAGGGGUUUUUUUAAAUGUGAAUAUGGUACUUAAUGAUUACUUGUUUCGGUAAGUUUUAACUUAAAUACGCGAAUAGAGAUAAAUAUGAAUAUGACGAUACAGCUUUUUUCUAAUUACCAGUAUUAUUUAUUGAGUAAUUUUAAAAUUGAAACUGCAGAAAAAAUUGAUUUACAUAUAAGUAUGAACGUUUAAAGUGUUUAAACAUGUUGUGUUGGUCGUUGUAGAUACAAAAUCUGUGAAAUUUAACUGGUUCCUACAAAAGAAAAGGAAAUUCCAAUUUCUCAAAAAAAAAAAGCAUUUUUCUUUGAAUUUUAUUGUAAUUUUAACUUUUAAUUUAAAUAAGCGAAUAGUUAUUUAAUGUUUAAUUUUAAGUGAUUUAAGUUUGCAAUCAUGUUGUGUGUCGAUGGUGCUGAGACCAUCAGUAUUAUUGUCAAUAUUUAUUAUAAAAUAGUUAAAUCUGGUUCCUAUGUCUCUUGCAAUGUAAUUUUUAUAAUGUUGUAAAUAAUGUGCUUUUGACGUGACCUACCUUUCUUGACAUGACACUACUGUGUGUGUAGCAAAUACUUAUAUAGUGCCAAAACUGUCAAUUUGGAUGUCAUUAUUUUGUAUUCCAGUGUAAAGUGUCAUUCUAUGGAACUUGCUAACUAUGUAAACAAAAGUCACUAGUAAAUUCGUCAUUCUUUGACAAUUUCAAUAUGGCGGUUUGUUUACAUAGUUAGCAAGUUCUAUAGAAUGACACUUUAAAGGGUGGGUAACGUUGGAAUAUUGUCAAUAAUAUUGAUGUACUGUCAGUAAGGUUCGCCCGAGCGAUGUGUGAUAUCUGAGGACUUGACGAUAGUUAUAUUGUAUUAUAAUAUGGUUAUUCGUA